AUGGCCCCUCCGGAGAGUCCUAAGGUGUACCCCGCGAUGACGCGCGCACCCCGCCAUCUAACAGGGAAUAAGGAGGGGAUCAAGGAGUUUUUGGAUAAAUUUGAUGUAUUUCUGUUCGAUUGCGAUGGAGUGCUUUGGUCUGGCGACCACCUCUUCCCUGGGACAGUUGAGACGCUGGAAAUGUUGAGGAGCAACGGUAUGCGCGCACCUGCUGGUGAGAUGCUGCGACCAAGAGACUUAUAUCCACCAGGCAAGCGGGUUGUUUUCGUAACAAACAACAGCACAAAGUCACGGGCCGACUACAAAAAGAAGCUGGAGAAGCUGGGGAUCCCUAGCACAACGGCGUGCACACCCGGCCAGGCUGACAAAAGAAAACAGGAAGAAAUCUUUUCCUCCUCGUACAGCGCAUCCAUUUAUAUUUCCCGUAUCCUCAAACUGCCGGAGAAUAAGCGAAAGGUUUUCGUCAUCGGAGAGACGGGGAUUGAGCAGGAGCUUCAAUCGGAGAACAUUCCCUUCCUUGGAGGCACAGAUCCUGCGUAUCGUCGCGAGGUGAGACCUGAAGACUACAAGCUUAUUGCAGCUGGGGACCCAUCGUUGCUUGAUCCCGAGGUUGGAGUCGUUCUCGUAGGCCUGGACUUCCAUUUGAACUACCUGAAGCUGGCGCUGGCAUAUCACUACGUCAAACGUGGUGCGAUUUUCCUUGCGACCAAUAUCGAUUCCACCCUUCCGAACUCAGGAACGUUAUUCCCCGGCGCGGGUUCCAUGAGUGCGCCGCUGAUCAUGAUGCUGGGCCAGGAGCCUGUCUCGCUAGGCAAGCCCAACCAGGCAAUGAUGGACGCAAUCGAGGGGAAGUUCAAGUUCAAUAGGUCUCGGACGUGUAUGGUGGGCGACCGUGUCAACACCGACAUCCGCUUUGGGUUAGAAGGCAAGCUCGGAGGCACUUUGGGUGUCCUCACUGGAGUCAGCUCAGAGGAAGACUUCGUGGCUGGGCCAGUUAGGCCUUCGGUGUACCUGCACAAACUUUCCGACCUUUUAGAAGCGAAGUGA